CGCACGUGAAGCGUCCCAUGAACGCCUUCAUGGUAUGGGCGCAGGCGGCCAGGAAGAAGCUGGCAGACCAGUACCCGCAGCUGCACAACGCUGAACUCAGCAAGACGCUCGGCAAACUGUGGAGGCUCCUGAGUGACGCCGACAAGCGGCCGUUCAUCGAGGAGGCCGAGAAGCUUCGGCGUCAGCACAAGAAGGACCACCCCGACUACAAGUACCAGCCACGCCGUAGGAAGGCACUGAAGGGUCCCACCGGCGCCGCCAGCCAGCAGGGCAACACAGUCGUCUUCAACAGCAGUCGCCAGCUCGGCGAUGGUGCGGAAGCCGCUCGGCUGCUGUCAUCGCAAGGUCAGGGGCAAGGUCACGGUCCCCCCACCCCGCCAACUACGCCACAGGGGGAGCUGAUGAGGGACAACAAGCAGGCCAUGGGUUUCUUGCAGGGCAGCGGCGGGCUGGGAUGUUACCCGCAGCGGGCUGCCGGUCUGACCCGAAGUCAGUGCACGGCCGCCUCGGCGCCGGCCGCCUGCGCCGCCCUCGGUCGCUCCGUCAUGGGUCAGCCCUCGCCGGAGGACACGGCCAAGGUCUCUUGGGCCAGGGACGAGGCAUUCCGCGCGCACGCGGCCGCCGCCGGCGCUGGCUACACGGCCGAGAACAUGGCGUACUACCAGAAUUUAUAUCAGUACCCCAGCCAGAGGCCGUACGACGCCAACGACCCGUGGACAUUUAUGUAG